AUGAAGUUUCUACUUUUACCGCAAACACUACAUGGCGGUGAGGUACACUGUAUGACCAUCAGCAGUGACAGUACUGUUUUGAUUACUGGGGGUAAAGAUAAUACAAUAAAUUUAUGGAACGUCGCCGAACUACUUGAAGUAUCAUCGAAUAUUGAAAAUGCAGCCGAUAAUACAGAGACACGUGCAAGGAUUGAGCAACUCCAACCACUACAACAAUUCGAAUGCCAGGAUUCGCAUACCAAUAAUAUAAAGUGGGUGCCCGGCUCAUACAAUAGAUUCAUUUCAACUACUACAUCAGGACAUGUAUAUCUCCACAAAAUUGAAUUUGGUCCCAAAGUAACUAGUAAUCGGAUCUACCCAUUCACAAACGAUGACUCUAGUCCCAAGUCAAUCGUGGAUGUAUCUGUAUCGCGGGAUGGGAAAUUGGUUGCUUGGAGUAGCAACGAUGGAAAAUUGAAUCUUUACGAUCUACAUCGCAAUACAUUUCAAAAAUUGUUAUCACCGGCAGAGGACACCCUGGUUAUACAAAGAAGUGUUGCCUUCAACAAUACCACAAACUACCUCGUCACCAUUGGAGACGAUACACAAAUUAAUGUUUUCCAAUAUGAGUACGAUUCCUCCACUAAAUUAUACAAGUUUCGAUUGGUCAACAAGUUGUCAAAACUAUUCAGCAAAAACCCUUUGAACGUGAGGUAUAAAAGGGUUUCAUGGUCUCCCGGUGGCGAAUUGAUAUCGGUCCCAACUGCUAGCAAGAAUCAAACAUCACUCAUAUCUUUGCUUGCAAGCACCCAGAAUUGGACCGCGACGGCAAGCUUAGUUGGCCAUGAUUUAACUUGUGAAGUUACUAAAUUCAAUCGUCAUAUUUACUCAGAGUCCGCUGGAGAGAAGAAUAAUUUUUACAACGUGAUUGCAUCGGGUGGAUCUGAUGGAACUGUGGCGAUUUGGAAUACAGCAAAGGUUUCGCCAAUUAUGGUUCUCAAACAUGUAGUUGAUGCACAAAUACAUGAUCUUGUCUGGACAAAUGAUAGCAGCAUUUUCUUUUGCACGUCAAGGGGAAACUUGGGUAUUCUUCGGUUUUAUCCUGAUGAGUUAGGAUACGUUGCACCCGAAGGCGUAUUGCAUCAGGUGAAAGCAAUUACAGUUAAGCUGAUGAAACCAAUGAAUCAUAGAUACGAGCAUGAGCAAGUGUCAGCUAAUCGAAAAACCCUACCCCCAAUUGAGUUUAUCGAUCAGGCAACUGCAAUUGUCGCAACUUCUCAAAAAGAGGUUGAAAAACGCGACAACAAGAAGGUAGAGAAGGCCAUUGAACUUAAACCACCUUCGGUUACGGAAACGCAGGAAGUCGUCACUGCAAAGGGUCAAAUUACACCUGAAGUAAUCUCCCCGACGCCGCCCACUGGAGUGGCUACGAUCAAGGAUGUGCCUAUCACUGAAAAGGAAGCACCAGCUUCUACGCAGAAAUUAAUAACCGAUAUGGCGUCCACGAAAGCUUUGGCCACGGGUGAAUUACAGGAGUUACCACCACAAAUUGCGGUACCAACAACAACAGAGGCAACAACAGCAGAGGCAACAACAGCAGAGGCAACAACAGCAGAGGCAGCACCAGCACCAGAAUCAGCGCCAGCGCCGCCCCAGCCCGACCUUAGUAAACAAAAAAUCUCCACAAAGGAUGGAAAGAGAAGAAUUCAACCAAUGCUAAUUUCAAGUAAUGGUACAGCCUCCUCCAACGGUUCCAAAGCUACGUCUACUACUACUAUACCACAGCCUUCUUCCAAUGGUGGAGUGAAAACUGUCAUGGAAUUUGAUCCUCCUUCGUAUUCCGUUUCGGAAGAAUUCAAUCGAUCGAAACGAGCACGUAGUGAAGAACAACAUUCAUCAAAUGGCAAUAAUGUUGCUUUGACAAAGAAACCGAAGCGAGAAAUGGAGCCAGUAAAGUUCAUUGGUUCAGUUAUUUUAAAUCCAAAUGUAUCUUUUGCCAAAGUUCGUUUACCCACUCCUAAAAUACGAUUCGGUUUCCAUUUGCAGAGUAAGAAACCUGGCAGUGAAUAUUUCACAUUGGAUAUUAAGAAUGGAUCCGGUAAUGAAACUAAGCCAUCUCGGGUUACUUAUUUCAAAAGAGAUAAGGAAAUCUGGUGCGAUUUUGUUCCCAAAUUUAUUCAAUUAGCUACAGAAGGAGCAAAUUUUUGGGCUGUGGCCACCGCUGAUGGUGAAGUGUUGACGUAUCUGCAUAUAUCAGGGAAAAUAUUGUUACCUCCACUUGUAUUGGGUGCGCCGGUUUCAUUUUUGGAAAGUCAUGGCAAAUAUCUAAUGGCGGUGACUUGUAUUGGGGAGAUGUACGUUUGGGAUUUGCAACUCAAAAAGAUUGAACUAAAGACAUCAAUUGCUUCGCUUUUAGAACUUGGUUCAAAACUUCAAGAAUCCGGGUUGACAAAAUCGGAUUUUGUGACAUUAUGCGCUAUUACAUCCAGGGGAAUUCCCUUGGUUACAUGCUCGAAUGGAUCAGGAUACUUGUAUAAUAAAAAUCUAGGGAUAUGGCAAACCAUUACCGAAUCAUGGUGGGCGUUCGGGUCUCAUUAUUGGGAUAGUGUUGAUAACGGCAAGAGCAAAACCCCACAAUCGCUAACCAUGUUUGAUGAAGAAGAAUCAAUUAUCCAACUAUUAGAACAAAAGACCAAUGAAGAAAUUAUUAGAAAAUCGCGCACAGGAAGAAGUAAAUUGUACAAUAAGAUUUCCAAGAAUAUGAUUAUGAAGGAAGGAUUUGAAAGUUUGGAAAAUACAAUUUCAAUAAGUCAUUUGGAGAAUCGAAUCUUGUGUUGUGAACUACUUGGUGAAGAUAAAGAUUUCCAUCAAUAUUUUCGAAUGUAUGUACAACGCAUUUGCGAAUUGGGGUACAAGGCUAAAUUGUAUGAAGUGUGUGAUGAAUUAUUGGGUCCAAUUGAUAAAGAUCAAGAUAGCGGUGAUGUAAAGGAAUGGGAAAGUAAGAUAUGCGGUUUGGAUAAACGGCUGUUGUUGAAGGAGGCUAUUGAAUUAUGUUCACAGUAUCGUGAUUCGCAACGGGUAUUGUAUCAUUUUAGUAAGAAACUUGGAUUGGUUCAAGAUGAGUAA